GCAGUGGCUCUAAAGGUAGGUACAUAUAUACAUACAUAAAUACAGCCAUAGGUGCCAAUUAACUCCCAGUGAACUCUUACUUAUGACAAUUGGCCAAUCAGAAGCUUCUAAAAAGUCAUUACAUCAAUGUCUGGAAUCUUCCAGACUGUUUAAAGAGACAGUCAACUUUGUGCAUGUAAACUUUUGACCCACUGGAAUUCUGAUAUUGUGAAAUAAAUCUGUCUCUAAUCGAUUGUUUUAAAAUUACCUCUGAUGUGAACAAAGUAGAUGCCCUAAUUGAUUUGCCAAAAGAAAUGUAUGGUAACAUGAAAUGUGCAGAGCUGUGAAAAACUGAGUUUGAAUAUCUUUAGCCUACGUGUAUGUAAACUUUUGGCCUCUACUGUACAUAUGCAUGACUAGAUAUAUUUAACUAUGCAUCAAAGGGAAAGUCGGAGGGUGAUGUAUUUCCCGCAAAAAUACAUCCUAAUAGCAAUUUUGACCCAUUGUGACCAUUUAGUAAAUCCAAUGUAGAUAUUGCGACCCUGUAGCAACUGCUUUUUUUUCUUUUCAGAAAAUCAGUCAGGAUCCUUUAGUAAAUCUGGCCCUUGGUUUCUUGGAACAACAUCAUUUCUUUCCAUGUGUUGUACAGAGUCUGUUUUCUUGACAGAAUGAAAAUUUUCCCAUUUUGUUAAUUAUCUUUUAUUUGAGAAAUUGCCCACAAAAGUAAUAUCUAUGCAAUAGGCUCUUGCAUUCAGAUUGCUAUCGAGCUCCACAUGUUGGUUGACUAGGCGACGUGAAUUUUCAUAUUUAAGCUGCAAAUGAAACAAUGCCUUAUUUUGAGCAUUUACCAUUGUUUUUGACCAGUAAAAACCUACAACGGCACAAAAAGAAAAGCAAACCACACAAAACAAAAAAAAAAACAUCUUGAGCUGGCUGAUUUUUCUUUACUUUGCACUGUGAAAUUCACUUUCUCUGUAAACAUUUUGCUGAAUGUGUUUACCUUGCUCUAAAUGAGCAACUGUGCAAACUCAACACAUGCUUAUAGAUGGCUGGCAUUAUCAACCAGAAGGGUAUUUCAACGUAUUUAUUCAAUCAAAAAUUAAACAGAAUCACAGGACCAAAAGCAGUCAAAAUGGGUUUUUAAAUACAGAUAAGAAUGUUUGAGAAUGCCUUUUGUUACUUAUUAUCAUUAUCUUCGCCAAGGGACUUAGGUAAUGGUGUCUGGACCGUCCGUCCAUUUGUACACCUGUGACAGUCAUAUCUGGUGACCCCAUAACCUUUCCUCUAGCGCCACCAUCAGGCCAAACAUAUCUCAGAAAGUAAUGACUGGAAGUGCCAAGAUAUUUUCUGUGUACAUUCAUACUGUAUGAAGGGAAAUUGUUGUGCUUUGCCUGCGGUCUGCACUCUACUGAGUUCAUCAUUAUUAUUAUUAUUAUUAUUAUUAUUAUUAUUGUUAUUAUUAUUAUUAUUAUUAUUAUUAUUAUUAUUAUUAUUAUUAUUAUUAUCAUGGAAAUAUUUUGGCUUGGAUGUGCUUUGAAGCUAACAACAUGUGGGACUGGUUCCAUCAUUGUGUUCAGCCUACUGCUAGAAAGAGCUGGAUGAGUAUUGAGCGAUGUUCUGCCAGCCAGUAUUAGCCAUUCUCACGGGUGAGCGGAGGGGGAUGCUGUUCAUGCGCGGUCGCCUGUCUCUGGGGAGGGGGGCGGGGGGGUUAAAGUACUUCUCUCCAGGAUCUGCAGGCAGUUGCCUGGCCUUCUGCAUUCUCUGGAGCCACCCUCUGUCCUUGGCUUAAUUGGUUUGAAGAAAUGACAACACUAUACAAGAGGAUGCCAACACAUAUGCACACACACACACACACACGCACACACACAUACACACAGACGUUACACACAUGCACACACACCUACACACACACACGCAAAUGCACACACACACACACACACACACACACAGAAAUGGCAUGUCUCUGUAAAAGGAACUAGCGGUGAUAUCCAGACCGUGCCCCACUAUAACAUCUGGCCCUCUUUAAAAGAGCACUACAUGAGUUGGUAAUGGAUUUGUUUUUGUGUAUAAAUAAUGAAUGCGUUUCAGCAUUCUGGAUUCCCCUGGUGAUAUGCUAUUUCUGUAUCAUGUGCUCAACACAGAGGCUGUGGACAUACUCCCAAGUCUUUUUUUAUUGUCCUGAUUUGGGGGUUUUUGGUUAACGUUAUAGUCUGAAUCCAUAUUUGUUCUGUAGUGUCUCAGAGGAUACCCCUCUACAGUAUUCUAUUGGAUGUGCUCUAUCUUUUUUUACCCUGCCUUAAUUAUCCUACCUUGUGUACUUUACUGACAGAUAGACCUGGGUGCUGAAUUGUGGAUUUUAGGUUUGGGUGAGGGGAAUGGGUGGUUGGCAUUUACCUGCAUGAGCUUUGUUCAAAUCUGAUUAAUGACAUCAAUUUUUCUAGAAUGUAAUUGCAUAUUAAAUACCCUAAAAUUUCUGAAUGAAUGUUUUAGACCCAACAAGCUGAGGUGCUUAGACUUUCAUAGAAGUUGUUCACGAGUUCCCAUUUUCUGGUUUUUGGAAUGACUUACAGUUUGGCCCCUGUGUAACCUGAAGAUGUUUCCCAGGAUAACAGGCCCGUCUGCUAGGUGAAUCGCAUAGACUUGCAGGCCCAAGCGAUCCUUUUCAGACCUGCCCUCGAGAGGGCUUUGGAUCACCUGACACGCAAGGUAGGUUGAGCCUGGCUGAGAGGAGCAUAUUCACGGUCAUGGUGGAUGUGUAAAUAAUGAUCUGUCUCGCUGGGAGGAGGCAGCUUUGGCGCUGCGUGGCGGUGGUGUCAGGGAUGGGCAGAUUUAUGACGUGCAGGUGACAUCGAAGCAUAAUCCCCUCGUUACUGAGGGGAGGAAGGCAAUAGCUCUGUCACUGUGAUAGUCAUUUUUUUUCACCUGGGCCCGAUUGGUGGGUCAGAGCUCAGAGGAAGAGGCAAGGCUCUUAGGAGACCUUUAGUAUUUGAUCCAUUUCAUGAAUUUCACUCUGGAAAAAAGAAAGGAACAAAUUCUUCAGCUUUCUUCUUUUUUCCUUCUUCUUCCCCUCUGUGAAAAGAAGGCCUGAUUUGUCCACAACUGACAACAGAAAUCUGAACCAUAUUCACAGCUUCAUUAUUUUUGAUGUUUUUUUGUUGGUAACCAUGUGAAGUAAAAAAGUAAACAUUUCAAGAGCCACAAACUUAUUUGACAAUUAAUGAAAGAAGAUAAAAUGGCACAGCCAAUCAGCACAUUAAUAUAUUUUUCAUUUAUAAGUCCUAACUUAUAGUGCCUUUGACAUUAAAACAUAUGUAUUCACUGACCUUUUUAUUUAACUUGUGGUGAGCUUCCUUACUUAAAUACAGCACAUUGGCGCCUCACCAUAGGAACUGUAUGUACUGUGUUAGGUACAUUGAGGAUAAAGCACUUGUAAACAGUUUUUCAGGCUGAUGGCCUUGGCUUCGUUGCUUGGCGAUACACUGAGGGUAAACCAUGUCCAUGGCUGUUAGCUGCUUAUGCCAGCUUUGGCUUCAUGAGUCAUGGCACCUCUGAAAUAGAGUGGUCUGUCAGUGCCCUUGUCUUUAAUGAGAGAGUGCUGCUGGAGCACGCCCUGCCUGCUUCCAUCAUCCAGGGGGAAGGAGAAGUGGCUAGCCUGCGCAGCAUAGAUGUAGCGUAACCUACACUGCUCAGGUCUUUUUAAAACUCCAUUCCCUCCAGUGGGUCUUUGUCCCGGCUGGCGCAGCACGUUCGCUACGUUCCUACAACGUGUUUCACUUCACCGCGGUACCGCAGUCACACUGGGCUAGCAUAAUAUGUCUGGCAGGAUUAGAUCAGCCGCCGUGGAACGAGACCACUCGACAUUGUGUGGCGGAAUGCCCUGUAAACAUACUGCGCGUUACGCCAUGCCUUUCCAGGUCAAUUUCAGCCCAAUUAAAUGUGAGCCGGCGACUGAGUUUACCUAGUGAAUUGAAGCAGAAGCGUCCUCAAGGCCUGUUUGGUUUUUCCUCAAGGCUGAUUCCUCUGAGAACGAAGUUUGUGAAUGAAGAGAUUGUGUUUGAAGCCCUUUGACCCCUCGAAGGUUAUUGAAGCUAUAUUAGAAACUUGAAUGUUCAUUACAGAACAACGCGGCAUGGUCGGGAUAAUGUAAAAGGAGUGGUUGAGGGGUUUGCCUAUCUGAAACGCCGCUGAUGAAACUGUGAUGGACACACGGACUGCCACAGCAGAACUUGGGUGGACAGCGUAUCCUGCCUCUGGGUGGGAGGAGGUGAGCGGCUACGACGAGAACCUCAACACCAUCCGGACCUACCAGGUGUGCAACGUCUUUGAGUCCAGCCAGAACAACUGGCUCCUGACCACGUUCAUCGACCGACGGGGCGCCCAGCGCAUCUACGUGGAGAUGCGCUUCACUGUCCGCGACUGCAGCAGCAUCCCCAACGUGCCGGGCUCCUGCAAGGAGACCUUCAACCUGUACUACUAUGAGACCGACUCGGUCAUCGCCACCAAGGGCACGGCCUUCUGGAUGGAGGCGCCCUACCUGAAGGUGGACACCAUCGCGGCCGAUGAGAGCUUCUCGCAGGUGGACUUCGGCGGGAGGCUCAUGAAGGUGAACACGGAGGUGCGGAGCUUCGGGCCACUGUCCCGGAGCGGCUUCUACCUGGCCUUCCAGGACUACGGCGCCUGCAUGUCGCUGCUCUCCGUGCGCGUCUUCUACAAGAAGUGCCCCAGCAUCGUGCAGAACUUCGCCAUCUUCCCCGAGACCAUGACAGGCGCCGAGAGCACCUCGCUGGUCAUCGCGCGCGGGAUCUGCAUCGCCAACUCGGAGGAGGUGGACGUGCCCAUCAAGCUGUACUGCAACGGGGAUGGCGAGUGGAUGGUGCCCAUCGGCAGCUGCACUUGCAAGGCCGGGUUCGAGCCCGACAAUGGGAACGUCUGUCGAGCUUGCCCUCCGGGAACAUUCAAGUCUAACCAGGGGGCGGGGCUGUGCCUGCAGUGUCCUCCCAACAGCAGGUCUACAGCGGAGGCAGCGACCAUAUGCGUCUGCCGGAAUGGCUACUACCGCGGGGACAUGGACCAGCCAGACGCCUCCUGUACCAGCGUCCCGUCUGGCCCGCGCAACGUCAUCUCCAUCGUGAACGAGACCUCCGUGACCCUGGAGUGGCACCCCCCGCGCGAGACGGGCGCUCGCGACGACGUCAUGUACAACAUCGUCUGCAGGAAGUGCCGCGCCGACCGCAAGGCGUGCUCGCCGUGCGACGACAACGUGGAGUUCGUCCCACGCCAGCUGGGCCUCACCGAGACCCGCGUCUUCAUCAGCAACCUGUGGGCCCACACCCUCUACGCCUUCGAGAUCCAGGCCGUCAACGGCGUCACCAACAAGAGCCCCUACCCCGCCCAGCACGUAGUCAUCAACAUCACCACCAACCAGGCCGCUCCGUCCAUGGUUCCCAUCAUGCACCAGGUCAGCUCUACGAUGAAGAGCAUCACAUUGUCCUGGCCUCAGCCGGACCAGCCCAAUGGCAUCAUCCUGGACUAUGAGCUUCGCUAUUACGAGAAGGACCACACAGAGUUUAACUCCUCCAUAGUCAGGAGCCAGACGAACACGGCCCGCUUGGAGGGCCUGAGGCCGGGCACAGUGUACGUGGUGCAGGUCCGCGCCAGGACCGUCGCUGGCUUCGGCAGAUACAGCGGGAAGAUGUGCUUUCAGACUCUGACAGAUGAUGACUACAAGUCGGAGCUUCGAGAGCAGCUGCCGCUGAUCGCUGGCUCAGCCGCGGCCGGUGUGGUCUUUGUAGUGUCCCUGGUGGCCAUUUCAAUCGUAUGCAGCAGGAAAAGAGCUUACAUAAAGGAAACUGUGUACAGUGACAAGCUGCAGCACUAUAGCACUGGUCGAGAACUGUCUUUGAGACCAGAUCUGACUAACUGCCACUCCCCCAUCGGCUGCCCAACCUACUUCUCAGGCUCACCCGGGAUGAAGAUCUACAUCGACCCCUUCACCUACGAGGACCCCAACGAGGCCGUGCGCGAGUUCGCCAAGGAGAUCGACGUGUCGUGCGUGAAGAUUGAGGAGGUCAUUGGGGCAGGGGAGUUCGGGGAGGUGUACAAAGGGAGGCUCAAACUGGCGGGCAAGCGGGAGCUCUACGUGGCCAUCAAGACCCUUAAGGCGGGCUACUCGGAGAAGCAGAGGCGGGACUUUCUCAGCGAGGCCAGCAUCAUGGGCCAGUUCGACCACCCGAACAUCAUCCGCCUGGAGGGCGUGGUCACCAAGAGCCGGCCUGUCAUGAUCAUCACGGAGUUCAUGGAGAACGGAGCGCUGGACUCCUUCCUGCGGCAAAACGACGGCCAGUUCACUGUGAUCCAGCUGGUGGGAAUGAUGCGUGGGAUCGCAGCCGGGAUGAAGUACCUGUCAGAAAUGAACUACGUGCACAGAGACCUGGCCGCAAGGAACAUCCUGGUCAACAGCAAUCUGGUGUGCAAGGUGUCUGACUUCGGCCUGUCUCGCUACCUGCAGGACAACACCUCAGACCCCACGUAUACCAGCUCCCUGGGUGGGAAAAUUCCUGUGCGGUGGACUGCUCCAGAAGCUAUCGCCUACAGGAAGUUCACCUCCGCCAGUGAUGUCUGGAGCUAUGGCAUCGUCAUGUGGGAGGUGAUGUCAUUUGGAGAGAGACCAUACUGGGACAUGUCCAACCAGGAUGUGAUCAAUGCCAUCGAGCAGGACUACCGCCUGCCCCCGCCCAUGGACUGCCCAGCUGCCCUUCACCAGCUCAUGCUGGACUGCUGGCAGAAGGACAGGAACGCCCGGCCCAAAUUCACCGAGAUUGUCAACACGCUGGACAAGAUGAUACGCAACCCUACCAGCCUGAAAGCUGUGGCCACCAUCCCAGCAGUGCCUUCUCAGCCACUGCUGGAUCGCUCUGUGCCAGACUUUACCACCUUUACUUCUGUAGAGGAGUGGCUGGCUGCCAUCAAGAUGAUCCAGUACAGGGACAAUUUCCUCAGCUCUGGAUUCACCUCCCUCCAGCUGGUGGCACAGAUGACCUCAGAGGACCUCCUGAGGAUAGGGGUGACUCUGGCAGGACACCAAAAGAAGAUUCUCAACAACAUUCAGUUGAUGAGGGGACAGACGAGCCAGUCGCCCACUUCCAUAGCAUGACUACCGAUGGUACUGUGCAGAAGCAAACCCCCGAGGAGUCCUGGGAAGACCCUCAAACUAACCGAACGCACCUGGGUCGAGACACUCACCUUGAUUUAACACCAUCGAUGAUGCACAUGGAUUCUAGCACUUCAUAUCACAAGCUUCCUUCCCUCAUCUCCUACAAGGACCAUUGCUUGGACACAGGGACAAGUGAAUGAAAAAAACAAAUUGAGAGACAUGCAAAUAGAAAUCUAUAAAUCAUGAAUAUCUACGUUGGAUUAUUGUAGAUUUUGGGGUGGGGGUCUUUACUGAGGGAGCAUUUUUUUCCAUAGCUGGAGGAGAAACCAAAAGCUAUGGCUUUCAUGCACCCCUGUUUUUUUUUUCUCUUAUAAAUUAUACCUUUUAAAAAAAUUAAUAAAUUAUUGAUCCUCGAGAUAUAACUACGCUACCUGUGGAAGUCCAGGUGGAGGGUGUUGCCAAAGGACAGCUAACAGUAGCUGUACCCGGAUUUAAAAUCCAUCAAAAAUCAAAUGUUACAUAUAUAAAUACAUAGAAAUUAAAUAUAAAUGCAUAUUAAAUAACUCUUCAUAUUGAAGGUAACAUGUAAUAAAUGUAUGUAUACUUUUUCUGCUUGCAUUUUUGGCAACUGAGAGUGUGGUAGCUGGAUUGCGGUGGACAUUCUGAGCUCUGUUGUUCCUGUGGAUGUGGUGCCAGUGGUGAACAUGUGACUUGGUUCAUCUCACUGUGAGGAAGGACAGGGACCAGCACUCAAGGUCCGGACAAACUCUGCACAGAGAAUUUUCCAUGUGUUAGAAGAUAACAAGAAAAGAACAAAAAAAAAAACUAAAAGACAUGAAAAUAUCUUUCUUGGACAAAAUGACGGUGUUUUAAUGUGGGUGUUGUUCCAUGCCGUGGCUUUGUGGUGAGCACUUACCUAUGAAAACCUAUGUUUUUUGUUAUUCUUUUUUCCCUCUUUGUGUCAAAUUGCUCGGAACUGUACGUUGAAGAACAUUCCCAACACCACAGCCCUCUGGUAUGUACAUAUCAUCGCCAGCAGUUUUUGUGUAUGGAAUGUUUUUAUACACAUGUGGAGUUUUGUCAACCUGCAUGACACGCACACACACACACAUACACACACACGCACACACACACACACACACAGACGCAUGCAUGCACACGCACACACUCAUGCAGUGUACUGUAGAUCUCAGGAAAUAUUUAAAGUUUCUGUACACUUAUGCUUAGUACAGUCUGGUUAAUAUCGCAUCUCCGUUCAGAUCCCCCUCGUUGAUUGUUUGUGAUGACGUCUACAAGCUAACAGUAUAACUCAGUCCACUGUUUGAAGCAUUUAUAACGCUGUACAUCUUAAAAACAUUGGGUAUAGUCUGCAGUGAAUACAUUACACUUUCUGCUAAUGAAAUGCUUUUUUUAUAAAACAACCUAAUCAUGAUCAAAAUAUCAGCAAACAGUAGACUUACUGCAGGAGUGCUAGCUAUUGGACAAACAUACCUCUCAAUCAUAACAAUGAUUAUUUGCUAAGUGGAUAUCUAAACCUUCCAUAUUUAUGUGUACUUGUAAAGAGGGUCAGUUAUUGUAAUAUCUGUAUUUGGUUUUUUUGUGAAAUGAGUGAGGUUCAUUGAUAAAAGAAUGCUUUGUUUGCUGUAUGUGUGGGACCAUGACAUUAUCUCUCCAACACUUUUGUUUGACAGCAGCAGGGAAAAUGACAUUUUGAAAAAGUGCAGGCCCUCAAAUUGAUGGUCCUGCCUGUCGUAGAGUAAAUGAGAGAAUUCAGUGUUUUAAUAACUGGGUAACCCAGUGUGGCUCUGUAUUUUCCAUUUCAUUUGCAAUACGUUUUUAUUUAUGGGUGUUUUUUUUUUUCAUUUAAAUGCAUGAGCCACCAUUUUGAGCUCGAUGUGCGCUGCGCCCUGUGCUGUGGGUCGGCUGAGUUUUCUGGAAUGCUCUAAAUGCUGUUCCGCGGAGCCUGUUUGGCGGCUUCGUGCCUUCAGUGACCUCAGCGGGGUUCGUGCGCCGAGCUCAUUUUCCGAUGCUCUCUCCUCGCGUGUCGAUAAGCAAAUCGAUGGAAUUCCAUUGACACGGAUUUCCGUAUGUCGCUGUCAUAUGGCAUCCGGACAGGUUUAGCUUUCACUGCGCUUCAUGCGCCCGUCACAGGAACCGCUGCAUUUGAGCUACGGGCGCUAAACAGCGCAUUCUCACAUUCUUGGACAGCCGCAGGUGCCCAGCGGCCCUUAUUUGUUUAUUUACGCAUUUGCUCAUUUGUCGGUUUAUUUAUUUAUUCCUGCUGCUGGCGUUGCUGCUGUUGAUUUUGCUCGGCCUUGUCGCGGCUCUUUGUGGCGUUCGGUGAGUGAGGGAGGAGCUGUCAGCCUCUCGUACACUCUAAUGAAAAAGAACAGCUCGGCAGGGCUUGGCGUAGCGCGUGGCCUAAUGGAGAACGAGCGAGUGGGCCUAGUCCGGCCCGUGUCUGAUGUGUGAUUCAGAGCUGGUGGCCCCAGGGAGGCAGGGAGGGGGAGGGGGAGGGGGCGGGAGAGCCUGGCCUGAUUGACGGCUCCUUGCCCUGCUGGCCACAGCAUGCCAGCAGACUGAGUGAUGAGACGGCGGAUUUACCUCCACACCUGCCACCUGCUUUCAGACCCUCAUUCAUAAUCACACAUACACACAAGCACACACACUGACAGACACACACGUACACACACACACAUACACACGUGCACACACACACUGACAGACACACACACAUACACACACACACACGCAGACACACUGAUAGACACACACACACACUGACAGACACACGCAUAUACACACACACACACACACACACACACACACUGACAGACACACACACACACACACACACACACACACUGACAGACACACACACACACACACACACACACUGACAGACACACACAUACACACACACACACACACACUGACAGACACACACAUACACACACACACACAUACACAUAUGCACACACACACACACUGACAGACACACACAUACACACACACACACAUACACAUAUACACACACACACGCACACACACACACACACCCACAGACACGCACGCACACGCACACACGCACAUACACACUGACAGACACACGCAUACACACAUACAGACACAUGCAUAUACACACACAAACUCAUGUAUACAUGCACACACAUGCACAAAGACACACACUCAUGCAUACACACACACGCACACACAUGCACGCACACAAGUCAAACAUUUCUGAAAAAUCUGCAUUUUCCCAGGGCUGAAGCCAGAGAGUGGCAGAACGUGAGUGUGCAUUUCUUAAUUUCUUUGUUAUCACUGCCAGACACAGUUAGACACAAACACAUUGUGUGCUGCUAUUAGUUUCAUUUUUAGUUGCCAUAACACUGCAGGAAACACCAACCAAGCUCGGAGUUAGAAAGUAUUGUAUAUAUGAAUAAAUAUACACAAAAAAGAGCUGUAUCCAUCAUUCAAGCACUGGGACCACACACGCAGGUCAUUGUGGAGAAGCUGGCAGCAUGUAUUUACAACAAACAAUGACACUAGUCAAAAGAUUUAGACAUUGUAAAGCUGGUAACAAUUUAUUUUAGUAGCCCAAAUAAACCUGAGCACUAACAUUGGAACAAUGUUGUUGGCAUGGUUUAAAUACAAUAUUAAAAAUGCAAGUUUUCCGCUAGAUUUCUCCUUUAGUUAAGACACGGCGUGUUUAUUAAAUGACCUGGCUUUCUUCUGCAGUGUUGUUCAUGGAAUCCGGGCCUGUGUCCAAGAUGUAUGAUGCUGUACCACACACUGGGAGCCCAGUGGAAAAUAUUAGAGUUGAUUUGUUUAAUUGCCGAACACUAGUAAUGUUGUGGUGAUUUUAUUAUUUAUCCUUUAUUUACCAGGAAAACUUCUUUGGGAUCAAAAUAUACAGUCCACAAAAUCAACAAUCAAAAUUACGAUACCAUACAGAGAUGAUACAGUUUUGUAAACAGGGAAAUUAGCUGGGAGCAAAAGCAGGACCACACUUCAGUCACUAUGUUGUAAAUUAUGUAUAAUCAAAAGUUGCAAUUGGCAUGUCAAGUUUACGGCAUUUGUAGAUUGUUCCAACUGUAUAGUGCAAAGUGGGUGCAUUUCAAAAUUCAGUAGCAGAUUCAGGAAAUGUAAAAAGUACCACAUCACUGGAGUGAAGGAAUGACUUAUGGGACCUUCACUUGAGCAGAAAGCAGUACAAUUACUGGCUCAUAGAUAAGUAUAUGCUAAUAGAUGGUUCUGCAUAGAUUUCAUUUUGUUAGUCCAAACCAUUCAUAUUAGAUACAGUGGUGGGUUAGUGACUUAGCAUGUGUAAUGAACCAUUGGGCCAGAUUUACUAAGCUUUUUGGCUUUUUGCAAGUAUUUUCAGGUGCAUGUUACAGUCCCAGUAUCAAAGUGACACACGUGGCUGGAAGCGCAGUAUGCAUGUGAUUUACAGUAUGUGAGUCAUCCAUCGCAAAGUGCACUUCUCUCCUUAAUGCAUAUUCAUUUAAGGGAGGAUCAUGCAAAUAACGGACAGAUAUACUAUAAGUGUGGCUGAUUAUGUAUUCUGUCAAAUUUAGUAUUUUCGUCCACUGUGGCCAGAGUGGACUCGUAUAAACUCUGUAAGCACUGAAUUAAACCUAGACAUUUUCUGUGUAUUCAAUGCGCUAAACAGGUUUCUUUAACUGCACAUUUUGGUUCAUGGCAAAAUGUAAAUUGUAGGCAGUACCAUUCACUGUAAUUACCUGAAGACUUAGUAAAUAAGACAUAAUUUCAGGUAGACUGCAUACGCACCAACAUGCCCUCGUCAGCCUGCAAUUUGCGUUUUGAGUUUUAUGUAUGUAAAUCUGGUCCUUUGUGUUCUAUAAAAAACUAUCCAAGGUGUGUAAAGUUAUUGAUGAUGCACACAUGACAAUUGUUUCUCCAUUGUUUAAAUCAAGUAAAAAAUUCUCAAAAUAUUUUAAAAUGAAAUUUACAAUAUUUAUUUGAAAACCACACAUUUUAUCAAGCUGCUUCUCUAAAUAUUUGUAAGACACCUUUUUUAUGCCGUUACUAUCAAAAGUGUUCAUUUUAAAGGCAUCAGAAAUAGGUGAUGUGACCUCAUAAGUACCAGGACAUUAGUUUUGCCUGUGCUGUAGACUAGAUCAAGGAGAUUGAAUCAUUUUGGAGGAUUUGGGAAGGCAUUGGAAAGAAAAGGGGCACAGCAGUAAAGAACUGAACCAUCCCCAUGGAUAUUACAGUUCAGUUUAUUCAAAGCUAAAAUAUGAUUGUCUGUAUGAUUUGUUAAAUGAUACUGGGCCAAGAAUGGAGCCUUGAGGGACUGUAUUUUCAUUUCGAGGCAACAUAUGGCCAUCUACAUAGACAUUGAGCUCUGUUUGUAAAAUAAUUGGAAGAUCAGGUGGAUGCUGCAGGCCCAAACCCAGUAUGCCUGAAUCUUUUAAUCAGUGUCCAUUGUCAAUGGGUUGGACAAUCACUACUCCUGAGGCUGCAGUAACUGUACUAUGACCAGAUCUGAAAUCUGACUGGAUUUACUAAGUACAUUGUUAUUAAUUUUUUUUUAAACUUCUUUAUUUGAGUAUUUGCCAAGGAUUCCAGAAUUUAAUGCAAGAACAGGAAGUGUUGAUAUGGGACGUAAUUAUUGAGAUCUGAGAGAUCAGUCCAUUUUAACAUUUGGAGGUCAUAUACUGCUUCCCAGUCAUUAUGAAUAUUGUUGUACAAAGGAGACAGGUUAAGAAUGUGUGAGUUUUUAAAAAGAUAAGGACAAGUUUGCUUUCUAGGACAGAUGUUUUUUAACACUUUAAGAACAUCAGCAAAUUAAAUAUGGCUAAAACCGAAACACCAACAGAAUGUAGUGAGAAUUUAGACCUCAACUAGAGAGGCAUGGUGAUACCUCAUUUCUGUCAUUAAAAAGAUGCAAAACAAAAUGUUCAAUGUAUGUUAAUUAUGCAAACCUAUAACCAAAAUGAUAACUGUGAAUGCAUUACAUCCAUUACAAACCAUGAAUAUGUUAAAACCAUCAACACACCGUAAUUCCCAUAACCUCUGAAGAGUAAAAGUAUGUCAACAAGGUACAGUAUUUUAGUCUUUUAGUGAGACUUUUUUCUUGUUUUAAAUUAUUUUUUGCUUAUGAAAAAGUGAAAUUGUCUUACCACAUCAGCAAAUGUUGAAAUAAGUUAACCAUUCAUUACCUCAUUGCCAUUCUUUUGAUUUAGGAAAAAUGUAAUAGAAAGAACAUCUUAAGUCCAAAUAUGAGACUAAAAUAUUUAAGAUUUUCUUUCCUUUUUGUUUUUUGGUUUUUGUAGUGUUGGUUUUUUGGAAUGUUUUUUUUUUUUUUUAAUUCCAAGUCAGUGUUCUAGAACUUCAUUGCUUUAAAUGACCAGUAGUGAUUGUUACAUUGGCAUUAGAAUGUUCAGUUAAGAGCAUUGUAAUCACAUAUUUGUAAUCUUUCAACUUAAUACGUUAAAGUAAUAAGAUGGAAGUCCUAGUGAGUGGGGUUAGAUGGGAGCCAAGCUGAAGAAGCUGAGUGUUCUGCAUUGUUAGAUGCAAUGAUUCCAAUAUGAGUGACAGGGCUAGACUUCCUGUUGUAGCUACCUAUCUGCAAAGCACUGAUCCAUUUACUGGGUAUCUGUCUACCUAUUCAUUUUUUUAAAUUAACACCAGCGACUUACUCUCGUGCAAAGCAAUUAGGGUCCUCCUUACAUGGUUCAAAUGUCCCGGGAAAUAUUGAUUGAAGCUGCCGCCAAGGGUCUUAUCCACGAUCACAUUGCCAGUGUUCCACCCCUGCCGUAAUUCAGCUUUUAUCUGUAUAAUUAAGUUUUUAAAAAUUAUAAUGACAUUCAUUAUCUCUUCAUAAUCUAGACAUAAUCGUGUGAUUUUAAUAAUAGGCCAGGGUAAUGACUUAAAGUGGCUGCUUGCCUUUACCUUUGAAAACUCAGACACCAUAACUAAUGUCCAUCCUGAUUGAGAUGUUUUGCACAAAAUAAUUUUCAACCGUAUAGUAUAUCAAUAGUACUUAGAAAUUUACUUAGAUUGUCCACUCUAGUGUCUGUUCUGUGUAUUAUACCAUAUUUAUUAUUACAUUAUGUUUUAAUAAUGGAUUAAAUGUGAAGAACCUAUUUUUAAAUUAAGCAUUAACUGUUAUACUGUGUUCAUAAUUGUUAUACUUAUAAACACAUAGUAAUUCUCCUACACAAAAAGUACUCUUAGCUUGUAGCAUACACAUUUUUUACCAUUGUUUUCAUUAUAAAUAAAUAAAUAUAUAAAUAUUAUGAGUUAUACUGGACCAGAUUUACUUCUGGAAGUCAGAUAACAACCAUUCAACAUUGGAAAACUGCCUUUUUCGGCGGCCUUACAAAAUGAGAUCCAAUUCACAUCAAGGGGUUUCCUCAACUCUUUGAAUUUCUAUUUACUUGGAAAUUGCAGUAUUAAAUUCCUUUUAAUUGCAUGUGCUUAAAAAAGAGCAACUGAACCCAAAAAAUAAACAAACAAACAAAAAAAGUUUAAUUAAGCAACCUGAUCCCAAAAGUUGAUGUUUUACUUUUAAAAUGUAUGUUUCUAUUUGACAGAAUGACCUGCAUUUUCAGAGUUGUGCACACAUCAAAUAAUGUUUCCAAAUUCCAAUUGAUUGCAAAGGUGGCAUUUGGGAGUCUGCAGGUUAGUGUUUCCAAAAGUGCACAGAUUUAUCAAAACAAACAUCAGGGACAGCUGUUUCCAUUACCACGAGGCAAUGAAAUCAAAACCUAUCAAACAAAAUAGCUGCUUCUUUGGAAAGAUACCACUAGGUACUUAAGAGCUAACGUUAGCUUUUGCUUAUGCUUUUUCUCUGUAUGUGUCAGACACUGGUAUUUUCAGGCAUGUCAGUGCUAGCUGCUUUUUAAAUCUUCAACAACACUGUAGAAAGUAACUCCUGUUCGCUCUGCGGUGAUCCACACGUGAGCAUCUAGUGAGGUCAAUGUAAAGCCAGGCAGAUUUCCAAGUAGGAAGAGCGAUGUGCUUUUCAUGAGACACCCAGGGGACAGAAGAAAUCAAGCAGUUGUACAGCCAUGAAACCGCAUUGAUUUCCCUUGUUUCUUUUACCACAUGUGGAAUUCUCUAUAGAUCUUCUGUUCCUCAUCAGAUGAUGUUGGCUGUUACUCUUCCUCCCACUGUAGUCAUGUGAAACUGCCUGUCAGGCCAUAGCUUGUAUCCAAACUCACCAUCACUGCUGUAAAUUAAGAGAAUUUGUUGGGAAAACUGAUCAGGCAUAUAGAAAGGCCCUGUUGUAUAGUUGUCAUAAAUAUUAUCACAGCAGGAAAUAUUUCAGACUGCUGACACACUAAGGAGUAGAACUAGGGUGUACUGUACAUGUCACAUGAUUCGGUACUAAUAUUUUCAUAAAGCAAAUAGGAGUGGAUCUCUACUGUUGAUUCAAUAUGGUUCAUUAUUACCAUUUUUAGAAAUAGAAUGUGGACUGACUAGGACUGGUUUAGAAUAUGUGGACUGUUCUGGUAAUGGAAGCUAACAUUAACUGGGUUAAAGGUUAGCUGUUCCCCUUCCUCUGACUGUGUUGGGUAAUUCCCAUUAUGAGACUGAGGGUUUGUGGCACACACACACACGCGUGCGCACUCACACAUACACACACACAAACACAUAUCAACGAACAGAUGCACCACACAUACAAAGAUUAAUGUGGCCAGAUGAGCCUGCCCAGGAGAAUUAUGAUAUUACUAACCAGAGUAUAACAGAAAAUCUGGUUCCCAGGGAUGGUGGUGGGGAAUGAGUGGUCUGUAUAGGAGGAGGCUAGGUAUGUGAAAAGGUUAACGUGGCUUCUCCCUGUCUGUGAGAGUUUAGUACAGACAUCUGAGAACAGGGCUCCUUUCUGUCUCUCUUCCUCUGUCCCUUUCUUCCUCCCUGCUCGCUAAAUAAAUCAAUAAGAUUGACACAGAGCUGCGUGCAGGGUGUCACAGUGGGAGAGGAACAGGGUUCAAUUGAUUUUUCUCCCGUGAAGAUUUGAGUCCCGGGAAAGGGUUCAUUAGGUUGUUUGCUUUCUUUUGAUGUUUCCAGGAAAAGGAGCUUGAUAGUCCCAAAGAUUGCCCUCAAUUUUGUGUCAGAUUUCCUUGGGUUUGAAUAAAAAAAAACACUUUUUGGUGUUCUUGUUGCCUUUACUUUUCAGCCAUGGUAGCCAUUUCAGUAAUGUGUGUUUAUCUGUUGGUGAUGGGAAGAGUGGUUUCAUUAGCCCUAUAAUGGGUGGAGCUAUAGUGACGUCAAUCUUUGAGUUAAUCAAAAGAUUUUCCUAUCUACAGCUAAACACAAAAUCAGUGAGUUAUUGUGAUGGCAUAUAGUAGCUCCACCCGUUUGGUUUAAUGAAAUGCCUCAUUCUCCCAUCUCUAAUAUCUGUAAGAAUGCCUUAUAGAAACCUCUGAAACUCUGUGUUCCUUUGCUCGUUCCCUCUCAGUGUACUGCAGAGAACUGUGGGAAACGGCAGCACCCUCCAACAGUGAACAAGACUGCAGACACUGCUUUGAGAGAGAGCACCUAGCCACCCACUCAGCACCUCUGCCACACCCACUACAGGGUCUUAGCCGCCCCACCGGCGGUGCCAGCAUGACAAUUGGCGAACUCACUGAACUGUAAAUACUGAAUAAUGGGACAGGAUGUAGUUUUUUGUGUCAUUGUACAAAGAUUUGUUUAUUGUGAAGUAUGUCAGAGUUUGUAAUUGUAACUUUCAGAAAAUAUUGUAUUAAAAUGCACUCAAUAAAGAUUAAUAAACUAGA